GAGGGAGAGAGUACAAAUGCUUGUGAAUUCUAAACCCCUUUUUUACUUGAGACCGACUAGUGGGCCACGCGCCCUGGUCAGCGGGAGAGAGUAGAAACGUUCUCGAACAAACUCGUCGGCCGGCGUUCCGUUCGGUUCGAGUCCCGCUUGCGCAGGCGCGAGAUGGCCAGCAUCGAGCGGCCCCGCCGCCGCCCUCCGCCGGACCCCGUCGCCGUGCUCCGCGGCCACCGCGCCGCUGUCAACGACGCCUGCUUCCACCCCUCCCUCCCGCUCCUCUUCUCUGGCGCGGCCGACGGGGAGCUCAGGGCCUGGGACACCGCGAGCCACCGCACCGCCUCCUCGGUCUGGGCUCAUGCCGGAACGGCCGGGGUGUACUCGGUGGCUGCUGGUGCCGGACUCGGAAACAAGAUCAUCAGCCAGGGUAGGGAUGGAACCUGUAAAUGCUGGGUGAUUGAAGAAGCUGGCCUUUCACGGAGGCCCGUAUUAACAAUCAAAACAAGCACAUACCAUUUCUGCAAGAUGUCACUUGUAAAGUCUCCUUCCUUUGCCCAUUCCGUGAGAUCGGGCUCAAGCUGUGAAACUAGUGAUGUAGAGCCACCAAGAGAAGCCACUGAAGAAAAUACAGAAUCUCAUGUUGUAAAUCCUACAGAAGGUUCCCAAGAACAUGGAGAAGGCAUUACCUCUAGUGGACAAAAUAUGAUGGCAAUUGCUGGUCAAGAGUCAUCCCAGGUUGAACUUUGGGACAUUACAAGUGCAAGGAAGAUAAUAAGCUUGCCACAAUCAUCGAGUGCUAAUGCAAAAGAUCACCCUACUAAGCAAAAAGGUCUGCUUUCAAAUUUCACCAAUCCAGGACUCUGCAUGGCUGUGCAAGCUUUCAUCCCCUAUGAAUCUGCAGGCUAUGUGAAUAUUUUGUCAAGUUACGAAGAUGGAAGCACUCUCUGGUGGGAUGUACGAAAGCCUGGGUUACCUAUAUCUUCAGUGAAGUAUCAUUCAGAAUCAGCUUUAUCCGUUGCUAUCGAUGGGUCUUGCAAUGGUGGAAUCUCAGGAGGCGCUGAUGAUAAAGUAGUCAUUUUCACGCUUGAUCAUCCAAAGGGUGCAUUUACUCUUAGGAAAGAGAUAGAACUUGAGCGGCCGGGUAUAGCUGGCACAACGAUUCGGCCAGACAACAAGAUUGCUGCAACCGCCGGUUGGGAUCACAGGAUUCGAGUGUAUAAUUACAACAAAGGAAAUGCUCUAGCUGUGUUGAAGUAUCACAGUGAUUCGUGCAAUGCGGUGACUUUCUCAUCUGACUGCAAGCUGAUGGCUUCCUGCUCGACUGAUACCACGGUUGCAUUGUGGGAGCUCUAUCCCCCAAAACCCAAAGCAAAUUAGACGCUGUGAAAUCGGAUGAGGUCUCCUGUUAAUUUAUUGGGACUUCAGUGCUGAAAAGUAGAUCAGUGGAUGUUACCUCUUUGAUUGUAUGAGGGAAAUAUUUGAGGGUUCUUUUUCGUCCUGCUAAACGUGAUGUUUCUGCCUACUGAAAUUUUCACGCGUUGGUGCAGUGAGAAUCUGAAGUUUUGCAAUCGAGUGAUGGUGAGAUUUUCUGCCAUGGCUGACGAUGAUCAUACAAUACAGCAUGAAGUCUUGAUAGGCAAACAGGUAAAUAGCCAAGUGUGUGCAGCUCUGUAAACCUUUGACGUUUGUUUGGAACGGUCAAGUGUGAUCGGUAUUACCACACAAUUCUUUUUUCUA